CUGGUUGCCGCAGAGACGCCCCGCCCCCGCGCGGCGCUGCGGAACCGGAGCUCCGGGCGGCGUCGGCAGCGGCGGGAGAGGCGACGAGGCCGGGGCGGCAGGAGCCGGCGCGGCGACCGCGGCGAGGGCGGCGGGGACGGAGCAGACCACGACGAAGGCGCACAGGCAGCCGGGCCGGGCCGGGCCACGGGGAGAGCGGCCGGCGGGCAGCGGGCGGGAGGCCGGGCGGGCCGCGGGCAGCCACCGAGCCGCGAAGCGACAUGGUGCUGCUCAAGGAGUAUCGAGUAAUCCUGCCUGUGUCUGUAGAUGAGUAUCAAGUAGGGCAGCUGUAUUCUGUGGCUGAGGCCAGUAAAAAUGAAACGGGUGGUGGCGAAGGCGUGGAAGUCCUGGUGAACGAGCCCUAUGAGAAGGACGGUGAGAAAGGCCAGUACACACACAAGAUCUACCACCUGCAGAGCAAAGUACCCACGUUUGUUCGAAUGCUGGCCCCAGAGGGAGCCCUGAAUAUACACGAGAAAGCGUGGAAUGCCUACCCUUAUUGCAGAACCGUUAUCACAAAUGAGUACAUGAAAGAAGACUUUCUGAUUAAAAUUGAAACCUGGCACAAACCAGAUCUUGGCACGCUGGAGAAUGUGCAUAAGCUGGAGCCUGAGACGUGGAAACAUGUGGAAGCCAUAUAUAUAGACAUUGCAGAUCGAAGCCAAGUGCUUAGCAAGGAUUACAAGGCAGAGGAGGACCCAGCAAAAUUUAAAUCUAUCAAGACAGGCCGAGGACCCUUGGGCCCCAACUGGAAGCAAGAACUUGUAAACCAGAAGGACUGCCCGUAUAUGUGUGCAUACAAACUGGUGACUGUCAAAUUCAAGUGGUGGGGCCUGCAGAACAAAGUGGAAAACUUUAUCCAUAAGCAAGAGAGGCGUCUGUUUACAAACUUCCACAGGCAGCUGUUCUGUUGGCUCGAUAAGUGGGUUGACCUGACCAUGGACGACAUUCGAAGGAUGGAAGAAGAGACGAAGAGACAGCUGGAUGAAAUGAGACAAAAGGACCCAGUGAAAGGAAUGACAGCAGAUGACUAAAGCCACCCUUCCCCUCUGCACUUUUUGCAAGACAGUGGUCAACAGGAAGGCCCAGCAGCUCCACCCUCCCAAGCGACAGGCCAUCUUCAGACGCAGCCGUUCUGUGCCCAUUCUUCAGGCAACUUUCGAUCCCUUACUGUAGCUAAUUCUAGAUGCCCUUUAAUAUUGUGAACAAAUAGACCGUCUGGUGUUACAGAGCCCGCGUGUGCAGGAGCCUGCUCCUCUGAUACGUGGCGUGUAGGCUGCUGUAUUUACAGCUCCUCUGUCUCUCUCCAUUGUGUUCUGACCCAUUUCUGUGUGUGCCCCCGGCCUUUAUUUCCAAGUGAUAUUUUCAGUCUUUCAAAUAGCUGCCUUUUGUGAUGUGGUGAUUUAAAUGAUUUAAGUUCAUUUGUUCUCAACCUUGGGAUAAACUGAGGUAUUUUGCUUCCUGGGCAGAUCUUUGCAAUUUUGAGUGCUCAUGUGGGGAGAGGGGAUGAGCUAAAGAUACAGUGUUUCCCCUGCCCCCCCCACUUCCACAAAAUAGCAGUGUGGUUUUGCAGCUCUGACUUCUGCUCUCAGUAAUCCAUCGUUAGGGCACUCUAGCACUGUGGAGGUACCCAAGGCUCAGCCAGUCUCUAUUUAAGAAAAUUGAACAAAUAUGAAUAACCCUGCCCCAAUCACUGAAUCUCUAGUUACUACUCUUAGAAACACCUGUGGCUUCUUGGCCCUCCUGUUGCCCACUCUGAAUCUCUCUGCAGAACCUACAAAAUCACCCCAGUCAACUCUCCACUUGGAGGGAAUUCUCCUAGAAUGUGGCCCCUAGAAUUGAGUCGCCCCCUAGAUGCCAACUGUCCGACCCCGAGGAGCUCUGUACGUCCCCGCUCCUCCUCUUCCCUUUGGGGCUGGUGCUGCCACUCAGCAAUAAUCCUCUUUUCUCUGUGCUUUCUUAGGUCCCUGUCCUCUGUCUUUGAGGCUGGUUAGGACACAAGAGUCCUGAUCUUUCAUGCUGCACAAUAUGAGCAUGCAAAAAGCUUUUUCUAGCAGAACAUGUUCCCUCGUCUCCAGUUGCCGGAAAGGAAUUUGGGGAUCAAGAACUUAGCCCGUCCUACCCCCAUGUUGAGUUCUGUCCUGGAAAAUCCAAAGCAAGUAGUGAUCAUAGUACAGAACCCGACCAAAGUAGGCUGGUGAGGAAGUCCAGGCUCCAGGGGAAUAGACGCUGCCCAGUGUUCAUAGCUUCCUACAACUUGGCAGAGCCUGAGUUUGCCUCUUAGUGGGAGAAUCUGAGAGAGCUGUAGUGUCACCUGACAGUCCCCAAACCUUGUGAAGCACGUUGGCCUAAGUGUGCCAUGACCCCAGCCCACGCUAGCCUGGGUGCAUCUGCUAAUGAGAGACCAAAUCUUUGGGAAGCAAGAAGUGGGUGGGAGAAUGUAUCCUGUUUUUGUCAGUUUGUUUGCCUUACUCAUUUCUAAGUGCAAUAAGGGAGUGUCUCACAGGAUUGCACCUGUGCCAUCCUGAUGGACGCUUCCCUGUGGCCCUCCUGGGGCAAGGGUGGACAGACUCAGACCCCCAGCAUGGUUAGCUCUGACCUUCAUUGAGGUCCCUUUGGAACCAGAUGUCUUGUUACAGACACCUUCCUCUAUGUGAGUCUCCUCACCUUGAGGGGUCUUUAUUAAUGCAUCUGGGUAGCAUCUCAACUGCUGGUAGCAUUUAUCUGACUUGGAAAGUUGGAGAAGAGGCAUUCCUACUGGAGAAAAAUGUAAAUGUUUUCCUGUAAGCUCUGUAUUAGCUAUUAAUUAUAUUUGUACUUAAAGAUGUCCCUUCUUCAUUCAUCAACUAGGGGAAGUCCAGAUGUGGGUUAUCUCGAAACAGACAAACUAACAUUCUAGGCAGACAGUUGUUUACGUGGUCUGACGGUCAGCAGCUGUUAGUCUCCUUCCUUUGGUUGUUGAGACCCACACAUAUCACUUUAGCUCUAACGAGGGCUCCUCCCACCUCCACCUGUUGCCCCAGUUGAAAAGCAUCCAUUAUGAGCUAAGGUCAGCCUGGAUCUGGAACUCCAGCCCACAUAAACAAAGGAGGAUGUCCCUGGUCUGUUCCAUCCCCAUGGAUGGUGUUGCUGCUGGGCAACAGUCUUGGCUUCUUUUAAGUACCCCCUUUCCUUGUCAACACCCCUCCCGGCCCCGGCCCCAAACUGACUAGCACUCAGAGGGACUUACGAUAAAGGCUCAGCUCCAGGGGUAGUACCUGAGUGUGUGCCAUGCCGCUUCAGACCAGCUGCUUCCAUUAGAAUUCCAGGGUCACAGCCCCAACAGAAGCAGCAAUGCCUCUGUAGGAGGGGUGCUGGGCUCUGGCCUUCUCAUGCAGAGAGGUCUGGGACAGGGUCAGUAUCGUGGGCAUGUGUAUAGCUUCCCAAGUUCUCCUUUACAGUCCCUACUGGGACUCCCUGACUUACUUUGGUUGGUUCCUAGUGCUACUUCUUUUACAAACUACACUUUGUAGAAUUGAUUAGAUUACCUUGUUUAUUUAAUGUGAGUUUGUGCCUUUUUGUCUCAAUCUUCCAAUACAGGUAUAUUGAGAAAAAAGCAGUCUAAUAAAAUCCUAGACAGA